CUUUUGUAUCGACGAAGUAGUGAAGCUGCAUUUAUCAAAUGUUUUGGAGAUAUACAGGGGAGAUCUAAAUAAUACAAGUUCCUCUAUGCCUAGAAUAUUUGGCGAGUUAAAAUAAUUGGUUAUUUAGUGCAAGUGAAGCAAUAGUUGUUGACUGGUUUCACAUGCCAGUACAUAAGUAUUUAAUUAAUGACUUACGUUGAAAUUGUGACGGGUGGCUAUAUUUUUUCUUAAGAUACUACCUUUCUAAUACUAAUCUUCAAACACAAAACACUGUCACUAACCAAAAACUACAUCUAUGGUUGAUGGAUUUUUAUAUAGAGCGUCAUCUACUGGUAUUACUUCGGUGGAAUCAAUUUCGAUGCCUCAGAGCAUUAACCAUGCAGAUAGCAACACUCUUUUUACUUCCUUCGACUAGUACUGGAAAUAUCAGCGAAACCAAACUACGUGGAUGACGCUCUACAUUAUGAGUAGGUGAGGACCCGAUCGUCCCCAUGCAGAAAACUGCAAUCAGCAGUGGCCUGAUCAUAGGCAUCGUGGUGGCUGCUAUCAUCUUGGUGUUAAUCCUAUUAGACAUCACGUGCUUCUUCGUCAACCGACUUGGAGUGAUCGCUCUGUGUUGCGGAAAUUCGGCCAAACAGAGCACCGAAGAUGAUGCUAAACUUAGCAGUUACAAAGCUGCGCCUGCGCACCCGAGCAGCCUCAACUUGCCGCAACCCAUCAAACUGGCGCCCUCUUUGACAGAAGAGCACGAACCGCUGAAACCAGAUGAAAAACAAAUCUCUGUAGAAUUUGACGGAAGGCACGUAUACUCGUCGACUGGACAACAAAUCAUCGGAAAGCAUUCUGCUGUUUAGUAAAUCUUGAAGAAAUUUCCGUGUAUCUGCAGCUUAAGUGACAACCGAAUAAUGCUCAGAAAACUGUGUUACAAGCACUUGCUGCAUUAGAAAGGUAACAACUACACUCACUGUCUUUAUAUGUCACAAACAUAUUCAGAGCAACUUGAUGUUGACGUGAUUGUACUUUUCUGAGGUCACUAAGUUCAUUGGAUUCAUUAUAUUGCGUACCUUUGGCAGUUUCUGGUUUAUUUUAAGACAAACUUCUUCUCCAUGUUUGAAAGUAAAGUUUUUUCAAACUUCAACGAUUUGUAAAUUCGAACCCUUCGCUUAAUUAAUAAUGCCGUAUCACAUCACACCAUUUUAGAUGUACUUUCAAUCCUUGUGUUAAGCAGUUGCAGUAACCACAAUAGCCUUCAUAACUACAUGGUAUUGUUACUUUUGUAAAUGUAACAACUAUGAAUUGACUGAUCAUUUUAUUGGGCUCAUUGGUUGGUUAAGUCGAAAGAAAUAUAUUUUGUAUGGACCUUGAAAUAUGUGCAAAACCAUUCAUUAACGUUUUCUACCUGAAUAUACACAACCUGCCCGCGUCCAAAAAAAUUUCCGAGAUAAAAAUGAGAUAUAUACUUUGUAAAGAUUAGUGUCUCAUAGAUGGCGCUGUAGCAAACUAUAUGAGGAUAAACGAGCAUAUGCAUAUAUAGGGAGCGCCGUCUAUGAAACACUUACGUUUUCAAAGUAUAUAUAGUAAAUAGAGGUAUAGCUGUGGCAAAUUCUUAUAAAUGACGUUACGAUAUCUCAUUUUAUCUCGGAUAAUUUUUUGGACGCGGGGAUAUAUCUAUAGCAUUAGGCUAUCUCCUAGUAGAAUGCAUCAGUCAAUGGUAAAACCCAUACGUCGUAUAAUGAAUUCAAACAGUAAAUAUAUGUUUUUGAACAUAAAAAUUCCCGUAUGAUAAUGUAUAUGUUCAAAUAUUAAGCUCCGCAGAAUUGUGCCAAAUAUCUAUGUGUUAUAUAUUAUGAUUUAGUUGUAUCAAUAUUACAUGUUCCGGCAUGCACGAUUGGAAAUAAUUAAAUUCUAUUUGACGUAUAAAGAUGCGCAGCAUUCUUUCUUUUAAACAUUCACCUGGUCACUUGAGUUUAAUGGUUGCGAAUCGUUUGCUUGAACAUGCCUAUUAUGAAUCUGUUAAUAUGGUGUGCAUCAUACCCGUUUCUGACAAUUAAAAAUUAUACAUUCUGCACCAAAAACUGAUAGAGUGCAGAAAAGGAUCUGUUUAAUUUUUGCAUCAAUCGUUAAACCACUGUGCCCUAGUUACCUAUAGCGGAAGUUAUGGAGUUAUUUCUUCAACGUGAUGAAAUAAUUAUGUAUACUACACCUACUGAUAUAGUAGCAUCACAUCAUAGCAAAUGCUCAGCAUCUCCGUAUAAAAUUAAGUUUUACCAAAUUUUACCUUAAUGGCGCCGUUAUGGAUUAAAAGUCAGAUGCUAAAUACUCCCUACACAGUUUCGUAAUAUAAACUUUUAAAGUAACUCUAAAAAUGUAUCAUGUAGUUCUCUGUUGACUUUACAAGUCAAAUUUUACUAAUAAUAUGACUUCGUAGGGUAGUUGACAGCGCAGUUGUUAAUACGUUUACUGCCGUGAGACACAAAUGUGGCGUCUCAGGUUGUUUUCGAUAACAGCCGCAUGACACACCUUAGUUGUCUCGUCAGAAAUUCUGCAAUAUAGCCAAGUGAGCCAGGGUCGUUGUCUCAGUCCUAUAUAAGUUAUAUGGAGCUGAAAAAUCACGGCUGUAAAUUUCUAAAACUGUUUUUGGUUUUUGGAUCCGUGACCCAUAAGUGGGUACGCAUGGCCUGAUAUAUACGUAGAUAAUUAAAACGACAAAUACUGAAAAGAACGUCUUUAUGAAGUGGAAUACAACAAAAUAUAUAUAUAUAUAUAUAUAUAUAUUUCUCUUAAAUAUAAAACAAAAACAUGAAAAACUCAACAAUUAUUUGGUACACUUAUGUACCUGGAAAAAACACUCAAGGCAAAAAUAUUUUUCACAUGACGUGCACUUUAGUUUUGUUCGCGGAGUUUUUCUUUGAGCUUGAGCUCACCCAGAUUUUCUUUGAAGCUUUUCAUAGCAAAAAACGCAUCGACGUCGGUUGUUGGUACCAACAUCUUCCAAAGAAUGUUGAUGAUCUUCAAAAACACUAUGCGUAUGCUAAUCAACGUCAAAACCUAAGAGUCUGUUUACUACGAAUAAGAAGCUCAGGCCAGCUUGCAGUACCACUUCACUCCUCUGCGUAAUGAGCUGGUAUAAGACUUCAUUUGAUCCGACAAGUCAAUAUAGUCAACCACAGCAGUAGGUUUUUGCAAUUCUCUAUUAUUACCAGCUCUGAUGAUUAGUAACCCAUCGGUGUGUUUUGUGGUUAAGGUACGCACAUCUCUUUUGUCCUUAUACUUCUGGAUAAUUAUACCUGAGUUGCUUUCAGCUGCCUCAGUUUCUCCUUUUUUAAGCUUUUCAUCAAGAGAACUUGUUUAAGAUUCAUUUCUCGAUUCGAUCGGAGAGUUCCAACCAAGUGAGUGUUCUUGGCAAGUAAAGCAUGUGCCAACUUGACAGUUGUAUAAUAGUGGUCAGUAAAAAUUGUCCGCCCUGUGUCAAGCAAGUCCUUUGAAAGAGUAAGUACUAUUUUUUGGGAUGAAGAUUGACCCUCUACCCGGUCUUGUACACAAUAAAUCAACAUAUUGCAAGUAUAUCCCUUUUCAAUGCACAGUUUGUACAGUUUUAUUCCAAACUUUUGCUUUUUAUUUUUGAUAUAUUGUCGAAAAGAUAACCGACCUCGGAAAAGAACAAGGUUUUCAUCAAUACAAAGAGCUUCGGUCGGUGUAAAAUAACGUUGAAAAUUUUGAUGAGUUUUUCUGUGAGAGGCGACAUUUUCUACAAUCUGUCUGUGGACACAGAUUUUAUCGCAUUCUGGUAUAUGUUCAUUUUUGACCAAUAUGAUUCAAUACUUGGAUAUUGAACAAGACCCAUCCAGAUCAGUAUACCAAUGAAUUUUUUCAUUUCAUCAACACUUGUAUCCUACCACUGACGCACUCUAGCCCCUCGUGUAACUUCUUUAGCUAGUCACUGAGCUGCGUACCUGUUUGUUUCCGUGACUAUCAGUUUCUAAUACGCCAGGGGCGAUUUAUUAUAAUAGUUUGCUUCAAAUGUCGAUCCAGUUACGGGACUCCAAAUAAGCUGGUCACCAUCGACAGAUUCUUCAUCACUACUACUUGAACCAAUAUUGUUCUGUAUGUUCAAAUGUAUCCAUGGCCAAAUCUUGAUUAUCUGGUAUAUCGGAGCAGCUUGGCUGUGGUGGAUUUGCAUGUACUUUGGUGCGUUUUGGUAACAGUGGUUGUUCUAUAGAAUCGUCGGAUUCAUCAUCGCUACUUGGAACGUAUUCGUCGGACGAUUCACCAAACGGCUGAUUGUCAUUUUCGUCAGAUAAUACCUCCUGCAAUAAAACUGGCAGAAUAAGUUUUGAGUUAUAAGUUUACAGAUAGACAGAUAAACAGAACUUUAUAUAUUUUUUACUUUCACAUUGGCAUAUACAAAAAAAAUGACAGGGCAUCGUCACUAGUGACUUAAAAUUACAUAUUUCAAUAUAUAGAAAACAUUUACCUGCCACAAUUGCUGCAACCGCCUUUGUUCUUUCUCGUAAGACAUUUAUUUGAACACAAAUUUCAUAGGUCUUAUCACAACUCAAGCUUCUUAGCAAGACUGGAACAAAUCCGAUGAAUACCGCAUAAACUAGACUGAGACAGACUAAGAGCAUUUGCUUCUGAUACAUUGUUCGGCUUGCACCGGCCGACAGGACGGUACAAGUCGGUGAGACGCAACAUUUGUUGCACGCGGCCAUUGGGUAAAAUUUCAUAUGUUGAGGCCGCGUGACCAUGUGGUGGGUCUCAUCAAGAAACAUGAAAAAAAAUAUGAAAACAAUUUUUUUUAAACAAAACACUCACGGGUGUUCUAGGAUACUAAAACUGGUAUUUGGAAGAAAAAAAAAGUUGGCCCAAGGGACCGAUUUUUUUUUCUUAGUAUUAUGGCAGUGAACGUGUUUUAACAACACGAUUUUUAUAUCCAUAAGUAAAUAGACGUAUUACCCAUACAUGACAAAUUUCCCUAAACAUGGUUUGCAUUUAAUCACAAAGAUUGUCUGUAAAAUUCAGAACACGUCAUAUAUACAUACAUCAUAUGUAGAUAAUGGGAUCACAAAAGUACAGGUAUAUAUUGUGUCAUGAACCUUUUGAAUAUAAGCAACCAAUUUCGUCAAUGUA